CCAAGCCAAGGGAGGAUCGUCGAUCGAAGCGCAACGAAAUUAGUGAUUAGGUUUACUUCCGACGAGUCUGUUUACGUGAUUCAUACCGGAAGCACUUUUCGUGGUUCCAGUCCACUUCAACCCAACACUCGUAUACAUCGCUGCAAGCCGCAGCAAGAUCCAGCAAUAUUAGCUGAGCAACAUCGCGAAAGACCGCAAACCACAAGCUUACCGCAAUUCCCGCUAGUACCUCUGAAACCAAACCGUAUCCCAAUCUCAAGGAUGUCAGCCGACAUGGACGCUCGAACUCGGUCGGCGUUGAUCAAACAGGCCGAAAGCCUCGUCAAGCAGCAUAUGCAGGCUUACGAUCCUAGCCACGAUUGGUUUCACGUGGACAGGGUACGAAAUACGGCUCUGCGUCUAAGCCGGGAUCUGCAAGCGAGCGGCCAUAUGAUCGACGACCUGCUCGUUGAACUGGUGGCUCUCUUUCACGACAUGGCAGAUGCCAAAUACACAAACGCAUCCUCCCUCUCGGAGACCCUUUCUCCAUUUCUCUCCUCUCCCUUGACGACAAAACAUCUAACGACAAGUCAGGCAAAUGACAUCCUCCAUCUUAUCCCUUACAUCUCUUGGUCGACCGAAAAGAAGCUCCGUCAAUCAGGCGAAUGGGACCGGAUAGAAGAGCAACUGAAGGGAGAGGGAAAAUGGGACGUACUGUGUUGCGUGCAAGAUGCGGAUAGGUUGGAUGCUAUCGGAGCCUUCGGGAUCCUCCGAGUAGCGGCCUACUCAUCAGCUGUCAACAGACCCCUGCACGUCCCUGCAUCGAAACCGGACCGAGAGCGGGACCUAAACGCCGAAGAAGCCGCCGAACUAGAGACACUCCGGAAAGGUUCUUCUAUUCAGCAUUUUUACGACAAAUUGCUCUUGAUUAAAGAUCGACUUAAGACGGAUAUGGGCAAACGGGAGGGGGAGAAACGGCAUCAGACCAUGGUCGACUUCUUAGCAGCAAUCUCGGACGAAUCCGACGAUCGUCAUUGAAGGCUGAUUGUCAAAGGGUCCGAGGUUUAGGCUAUAUGGACUGUGUCCUGUCCUCGCUGAGGCCUCUCGUCAACUUGUAUCACGCAGCAUUCGCAUUUGAUUUGAUAGACUAAUGGGAUACAUUUCCUCGUAGCGUGUAUAUCAGAAACAGAUCGAGGUAUAA